AGGGCAAAAUUGUGUGCCGUUGGGUUCCAUCAUUGUUAGAGUUUGGCCGGUGACGCAGCUUGUGCAGGAUUUCACAACAGAGAAGAGGGAGAAGGAAGUCUGUUCUUUUCCUGUAGCAGGAAAAGGAUCUGUGCGUUGACGGCUAAGACAAGGGCAGGGCAGAGAGAGACAGCGGCUCCUUCCCUGUCGGGAGUAAAGGGCAGUUUCAGCAGGGAGGGGACCGUGUUGCAGUUGAACAUGCUGGGGGUCUGCCUGGAGGAGUUGCUGUCUGGGCUUCAGGAGACAGCAGAUGCAUUAAGGAGGUGUCUUCACCAGUAUGUUUCCCAUGUCUAUAAAACAAGCUAGAAAAAGGUCUUAUGCAGAGUUCUAGCGAGAAGGGCCAGUCUGGAGGGGGCGGGGACUCUGAGGAGGAAUUCCUGCUAACCAGCCUGGAGCUGAUACAGGGGCAGGCAGGAGUGUGGCCUCCUGCUCGGCCUGGUCCUGCCGCUGUUUGCGCAGAGGAGGUGUGCUGGUUGGCCCCCGAGCAGACAGCGGGGAAGGAGAAGCCCUUUGUCUACACCCAGGGGCAGGCGGUCCUGAACCGCGGCUUCUUCCCCUGCUUCGACACGCCCGCGGUCAAGUGCACCUACUCGGCCCUGAUCGAGGUCCCAGAGGGCUUCACGGCCCUGAUGAGCGCGGACACCUGGGAGAAGAGAGGGCCCAACAAAUUCUUCUUCCACAUGGGCCAGCCCAUCCCCUCCUACCUCAUCGCUCUGGCCAUCGGAGACCUGGUUUCUGCGGAGGUGGGGCCCAGGAGCCGGGUGUGGGCUGAGCCCUGCGUGGUCGAGGCUGCCAAGGAGGAGUAUGACGGUGUGAUAGAACAGUUCCUGGCCACGGGAGAGAAGCUUUUUGGACCUUACAUCUGGGGAAGGUACGACGUGCUCUUCAUGCCGCCGUCCUUCCCGUUUGGAGGCAUGGAGAACCCCUGCCUGACCUUCGUCACCCCCUGCCUGCUGGCGGGGGACGGCUCCUUGGCUGACGUCAUCAUCCACGAGGUCUCGCACAGCUGGUUUGGGAACCUGGUCACGAACGCCAACUGGAGCGAGUUCUGGCUCAACGAGGGUUUCACCAUGUACGCGCAGAGGAGGAUCUCCACUCUCCUGUUCGGGCCUGCCUACACCUGCUUGGAAGCUGCCACCGGACGGGCGCUGCUCCGCCAGCACAUGGAUGUCACCGGCGAGGAAAACCCGCUCAACAAGCUGCGUGUGAAGAUCGAGCCAGGGGUUGACCCAGACGACACCUACAAUGAGACCCCCUACGAGAAAGGCUUCUGCUUUGUCUCCUAUCUGGCCCACUUGGUGGGUGAUCAGGAGAAGUUUGACACGUUUCUCAAGGCCUACGUCAAUGAGUUUAAAUUCCAAAGCAUCUUGGCCGACGACUUUCUGGAGUUCUACCUGGAGUACUUCCCGGAGCUGAAGCAGAAGCGAGUGGACUCCAUUCCAGGCUUUGAGUUUGAUCGCUGGCUGAAUACCCCGGGCUGGCCACCGUACCUGCCCGAUCUGUCCCCUGGGGACUCACUCAUGAGGCCUGCUGACGAGCUGGCCCAGCUGUGGGCGGCCGAGGAGCUGGACCUGAAGGCCAUCGAGGCUGUGGACAUCUCCACCUGGAAAACCUACCAGCUGGUCCACUUCCUGGACAAGAUCCUCCAGAAGUCCCCUCUGCCUCCCGGGAACGUGAAGAAACUGGGGGAGAGGUACCCAAAGAUUUCAUGUGCCCGCAACGCAGAGCUGCGGCUGCGCUGGGGCCAGAUCGUGCUCAGGAAUGACCACCAGGAGGACUUCUGGAAAGUGAAGGACUUCCUGCAGAGCCAGGGGAAGCAGAAGUACACCCUCCCGCUGUACCACGCCAUGAUGGGCGGCAGCGCGGCGGCCCAGACCCUCGCCAAGGAGACCUUCGCGGCGACCUCCUCUCAGCUCCACAGCAACGUGGUCCACUACGUCCAGCAGAUCCUGGCGCCCACGGGCAGCUAGACGCUCGCGCUGUGCGUGGCUGCUGCUGCUCCACACUGCAGGCUUUCAGAGCGAUCGGCCCCGACCCCUGGUGUCCGCUCCACCCCCGAAGUCGGCGUCCCUUGGAUGGUCUGCUCUCCGGGCUUGGUGUGUGUGUGACUCGUGGGGACUGCUCUGGACCCUCGAGACCAAGGCCCCACCCGGCCCUCAGGGCAGGGGCAGCGGAGAACCCUUUCCCAUCUGGCUGACUCUGAAGUCUGUGCAAACAGCUGCAUUCGGGUGAUUCUCUCAUAAGGCUCAGUCUCUAUUUUAAUAAACCUUUUUAAGU